UAUCCAGGCAGGGCAGAGGAGUGCAGACACACAGAGAGGAGGCUGAUCAGCUCAGACGAUCCCGCGGUUGGCGAUGGCUUUAGUGAAGAGCGGAUGGCUCUGGAGGCAGAGCUCAGUUUUGCGCCGUUGGAAGAAGCACUGGUUUGACCUGUGGAUGGACGGGGGUCUGGUCUAUUACCCUGAUGACAAUCGGCAGAACAUAGAAGAAAGGAUACCUCUAAGAUUUACCUGUUUGAAUGUUCGGUCGGGGGAGGAGUGUGGAGGUGAGGCUCUUGAGCUCCAGCCACCGGAGGGAAGCACCCAGGACUCCUUGGUCACCGUAGAAUUCCGGGAUCGCUCCAAACUUCUACUCUGUGCAGAGAGCGAGGACGACGCAGUAGCUUGGAAAAUGGCGCUCCAGGACAUGCGAUCCCAACCGGUGUACCUCUACAAUCCUUAUGAUGAUUAUUACCAGACCAUUCCCAUGAACGCUCACCAUGCGGUCUAUGUCGACCACGGAUACUGUGACCACAGCUAUGCUCCUGGUAUGACGCAUGUCGUUGUCAGAGACGAGCGUGAAACGUUCGGAGAACAGAUGGCGCUGGGCCUGCUCGCCGGCGCUCUCGCCUCCUCGGCCCUCGGCUCCUUCAUGUGGUUGCCAUGCUGGUUCUGAGGAGUCCCGAGCAGAACAUGACGACAAACUCCCCAAAGGAGCGUCCGAUACGUCUUGUGUAAUGAUUAGGCCACCUACCUGCAUCUUGCCCUUGGUUCUGUACCCUUCGUAAUACUAGAUUAUACGUGUAAUUUAUCGCACUUCUGUUGCAUUACUCAACGAGCUUCUGAGAUCCGCCACCAGCAGAUGUCUCCUUUUAAAAAAGUAUAUAUAUAUUUUUAUAUGUAUAUGUUAAUUCUUAAAGGAACUCCAUUUUGUUAAGAGUUAGCAUGUGUAAAUGCUUUAUGAGUCAUUUUGUAAAUGGUAAAUUUCUCUCCCAUGCGUCCUAUAUACAGUGGACCCUCGGAUUGCGAGUAACGCGGUUAACGAGCGUUUCGCAAUAUGAGCGAUGUAUUUGAAAAAAUCCUAACUCGGUU